AUGGCAGCAGCUAUUCUUAACUUUGUAAGGAGCUCCUUGUAUAGCUCUGAUAGCUCAGAGACCCCUUCAUCAAGUGCUGGUCCUUCACAAGGUGAGAAAUCUGCAUCUGCAUCUGCAUCUGCUAGCUCCACCCCAGCCCCGUACCAUCUCCCGCAGCAGAAGCCUCAAGUGCCUCCAUCACAGCAGCCACCGCAGCAACAACCUACACAGCAACAGCAACAACAUCCAGGCUAUCCAGGGUUCGGUGCUGCUCGAGCCCCUGCCCCUCAGCAUGGAAUGUAUCUACACAUCCAAGGACAACACUAUGGGGCCGGAGGUGACGUGUCAGGAGCAGCAGCUCCAAGAAGUGGCGUUCCCCCAAACACCAUGACUCCAGGUGCCGCUGGCAGCACAGCUACUGUUGGUCCAGCACAGCAGCAACAGUACUACCAAGGAUACCAGUCUCCCCCUCAGUUUCAAGGAUAUCCAGUGAGCAGUAGCCAACCUGCUGGAUAUCCCCAGCAAUAUCCAGGGCAACAGUACCCACCUACUUACACACAGGCAGGGCUACCAAAUGCUGGACCCCAGGCAGCCCAGCAAGGACCACCUACUGGCCCACGACCACCAAUGAGCAGAUAUCCUGCCCAGCCCAGUGGCUUUCAGCAGCAGUGGGGCCAGUGAAAUGGACAUCACAUUGUUUCCAAUAGAAAAGAACAGCCAGAGGUAGAAAAUCACUGCAGCAUUUACUCGCUUCCAUCACUAACGGAAACAAUUGGGGAACAAAAUGAUUCGACUUCCAUGAUAUAGCACCUGUUCUUUUUAGUGUAUUGUCAAGUAAAUAAGUAAUAAACAUUAUUUAGAAUU